AUUCAUCGGGACCUCAAACCGGAAAACAUAUUAAUUAAACGCAACCUUAAGUCCAAUCGUUGCGUAAAACUGUGUGAUUUUGGUUUGGCCACAGAUCACCACAUCGACAGACAAACUGCGAGCCGAUACGACCAUACGUUAGGUGUGGGCACUUUGAGAUAUAUAUCGCCCGAAGUUCUCGCACUAAUCGCCGAAGAGAUCUAUAGUAUUGAUCCACAAAAUUCGUAUUCGUGUCAAACAAUUGAAUCCGAGUUUAAUAACUGUUAUGAUAAUCUAUACCAGACUUUGCAGUCAAUGCAGUCGAGUCCUGAUUAUAAUUAAAGGUUUGAAUGUCGGGAAGUGUUGGCCAAACAUAACGAG